GGAGUAGUGGCCAUUGGUUGGGAUGAGUACGGAGUAGUGGCCAUUGGUUGGGAUGAGUACGGAGUAGUGGCCAUUAGUUGGGAUGAGUACGGAGUAGUGGUCAUUGGUUGGGAUGAGUACGGAGUAGUGGCCAUUGGUUGGGGUGAGUACGGAGUAGUGAUUAUUGGUUUUAGCAGUUAGUAGAUCAUUAGUGAGCUUUAGUAGGGCGGUUGGUGGGGUCCAGGGAGGGCUUUUUAAGUAUGGGAGGGAGGGGAAGGCACGUGUAGAGAGGGAGAGAUUGAAGAUGUGAGUGAGGGAGCAUAGGACGGAAGAAGAGGGUGACCGUAGUAGUUGUGAGGGGACAGGGUCCAGGGGGCAGG